CCGACCUGCGGCAGCCACUGAGCUGUGAGCUGCUGCCCGAGUCGGUGGCUUGGAGAUCCGGAGCCGGUCGCGAUUCACCGAGACGCGGAGACCCGCAGAGCAACAGGCACCAUGUCCGAGCCGUCCCGUGAUCCCCGUCCGAUCCCCCGUGGCAGCAAGGUCUGCCGUCGCCUCUUCGGCCCAGUGGACAGUGAGCAGCUGCGUCGAGACUGUGAUGCGCUAAUGGCCAGCUGCGUGCAGGAGGCGUGUGAGCGAUGGAACUUCGACUUUGUCACUGAGACGCCGCUGGAGGGUGACUUCACCUGGGAGCGUGUGUGGGGCCCGGGCCUGCCCAAGGGCUACCUGUCUGCAGGGCCUCGGGGGAUCCAGGACAACCUGGGAGGAGGCAGGCUGCCCAGCAGCUCACCUGCCCUGCUGCAGGGGACAGUUCAGGAGGACCACCUGGACCUGUCACUGUCCUGCACCCUUGUGCCUCGCUCCCCUGAGAGACCUGAGGUGUCCCCAGGUGGACCUAGCACUUCUCAGGGCCGAAAGCGGCGGCAGACCAGCAUGACAGAUUUCUAUCACUCCAAACGCCGGCUGAUCUUGUCCAAGAGGAAGCCCUAACCCGCCAGCUGGAAGCCUCUCGCUCCCGGAAACAUGGGCUCCCCGCAGGCCCAUUCUACAUCUUUCCGCCUUAGUCCUACAGUUUGUGUGUCUUAAUUAUUAUGUCUGUUUUAAUUUAAACUCCUCCUCAUGUACAUAGUCUGCUUGUCACCACCCUCCCUCCCCUGCCAGCAGCUGGCAUUAGAAUUAUUUAAAGAAAACAUUAGACAGCAGAAUAAUACACUCACUAGAUUGCCCAGAUAUUUUUAUUACCCAAACUUUUAUUUAAAACCUCCUCAUUCUAUGCUCUCGACUUCUUUCCUCCCUGAGGUCAGGUGGGGUCAGCAUGACCCUCACCUGUUGGGUGGUGCUUUCUGGAGGGGUCUGGUUCCCUCUGGUCACUGUCUCAUGGACAGUGUGAAAUUCCACUCCUGUCCUUCAUUCUCAGAACUGAAUUCCUUAUAAUUUGAGAAGUAAAAAGAUAGCACUUUGAAGAGGACCCGGCAGAGUGAGGACAUAAUCCAAACUUGGGAGUCCCCUCGCUUCCUGUAAGGUUGGGUAUGGUGACCUUGAAGUGGGCACAGCCUGGAGCAGGGUGGGGGACUGGCACCCUCCUGGCCCUUGAUACCGACUCUGUCCUGUGACAGCACGGAGCAGGUAGGGUCCUGUAGCAAAGUCCACCUCCCCUCAUGCCCCCCUGCUGCCCACAGGGGUGGCUGCCACCCUGUUGGCUUCCCUGGGACUUUUCUAGGAGCCUCAGGUUCCCCUCUUUUCCAGCUGGGCUCUCAAGUCCCCUCUGCUCCUCUCCCCUCCUCCAUGUCCUUUCCCUCUGGUCCCCUCUCAGCCCUGGGAGGCUGCUCUGUGGGGCUCGUCCCCCAGCCCAGUUGACUGGAAGGGAGGGGCACACUAGAAGUAGGUUCCCCGGUUCUACCUCAGGCAGCUGGAGCAGCAAGCAUCCCCUCCUUUCAGCUCUGGGGGUGUGAGUCCUGGGUGGUCGGACAGGCCUCCUUGAGUGGGGCUCUGUCUGUGAUAGCGGCACAUAGGUGGGGGGAGCAGAUUUUUCUGGGAGGAAGAACAUGACACCAGCCCCUGGAACUCAUCCAAGGGCCUUUAGCAUUUGCUCCACCCCUCCCGCAUGUCAUCACACUUUGAAUAGCAACUGAGCAAGGAGUCGGGUGUUUUAAAUGGUGGGAGCAGAGGCUGUGGAUUGGGUUUGCCAAGUGGGCUAAUACGGGCCUGGGAGUUGUGAGUUAUCUUUCCUGACACUGAACAUUGAGCCUGUAGAGGGACUGAAGCACUUCGUGGGUCUGCUCCAAACGCCUUCCAGCUCCUGUAACACCUGGCCUGGACUGUCCUCUCUGCCUCCCCUUGUGUCCUGGUUCUCCUGUCUUUACCUAGACUGUGCACAUCUCAAGGGCAGGGGCCACGUCCUGUAUUGCUCUGUGUCCU